UAAAUCCUCAUCCUCAUCAUUUUUCUUUUGUUGAAAAACUUUCAACUUGUAGAAUAGAUAGAAUGUAUAUUCAUGCUGAUGUAUAGUUGAGGGAAUUUUCUUUGAUUUUAGUUAAUAGAUCCUCCACUAUAGUCUUGGUGAUGGGAUGAUUCAUUCCCACAAAUUCUUGGUAAUGGGAUUAUCACAAAAAAAAAAGGAAAAAAAUAUGAGAAAAUAUGAACAAGAAGGGGCAAUUUGGUAAAGUGAGAUGCAAUCUAUAUUAUAUUGUGGUGGGAAGAAACUGAGGCGGUCAUGUGGGAAGCAAACAGGAGGAUCCUAUAGAUUUGAGAGCUCCACCUCCCCUCUCUUUUAAACAACCUCAGAGCAUUGCAGAGAGUUGAAAACAAAGAAAGAAAAAGAAGGAGAGGGGGAUAAAUAAAGAGAGAAAAAAGCCUCUCAAGGAUAUACACCGAAGACAUAAGCAUAUACAAGAUGGUUUCUAGGGAGCACAAGAGAGCAGCACUGCAUGAGAAGCUGCAACUUCUUCGUUCCAUUACUAACUCUCAUGCUCUGAACAAAACAUCAAUCAUAGUAGAUGCAUCAAAGUACAUUGAAGAGCUAAAACAGAAAGUAGAAAGGCUGAAUCAAGAUAUAGAAGCUGCACAAACUUCAAAUCAUCAAAACCCAUUGCCUAUGCAGGUCACAGUAGAAACCCUAGAGAAGCGAUUUCUGAUAAAUGUAUUCUCAGAAAAGAGCUGCCCUGGUCUGCUUGUUUCUAUCCUGGAAGCCUUUGAACAACUGGGUCUCAACGUGCUGGAAGCUAGGGUUUCUUGCACUGACAGUUUUAGAUUACAAGCAGUUGGAGGAGAAAAUGAAGAACAAAGUGAAACCAUUGAUGCACAAGUCGUGAAACAAGCAGUGUUGCAAGCUAUUAAGAAUUGGAGUGAAAGUACUGAUCAACAGGAGCAAAAUUAAUGGAAUUUUGUAAUUGUUAUCCAUUAACUUUCUUUCAUGCAUUUUCUUUCUUGAUGUAGGUUAUUGGCAAUGUUGUUAAUGAUCAAUCAUUAAUCCCAAAUUUAAUGUUACAAAUUAA